AUGCCUGAUCCAGGCCUGCUUUCUCAAGGUCAAAGGCCUAGUCAAAGACUGCUUUCAAAGAGUCCUAGUCCACAACAAGGUCAAAUGUCUAGUACAAGACGCAAUCAAAUGCAUAGGCCAAGGCAAGGUCAAAUGCCUAGUCCAAGAAAAGGUCAAAUGCCUGGUUCAAGACAAGGUCAAAUGCCUAGUUCAAGACAAGGUCAAAUGCCCAGUCCAAGACAAGGCCGAAUGCCUAGUCCAGGUCAAGGUCAAAUGCCUAGUCCAAGACAAGGUCAGAGAUCCAGUAGAAGGCAGUUGCCGCAGCAAGGUCGUAAGUCAAGGCAAGGGCGAAAUCAAAUAAAUAAUCGAUUACGUACAACCCAGCAAUUUAAAUCAGGUUCAAACGUUGGCAACUUUCAACAACGGUUACCGUCUGGACGAUCACCACUACCACAGCAACAACCACGACCACCAAUACAACAACUAUUACGACCACCACGACAACAACGUCAGCAUGUGCAGCGACAACGACAGCCUCAACAAAGACAAAUACAAGUUUCACUGAGACGGGGAGGUCUUAACCGUAAUGCAGUACUUGUUGGAUUAAAUGGAGCAAGAAAUCAAGCUUUACGAAGAAAUGUUCUCCAAACGCCAACAGUGGAAACUACCACACAACAUAGACAUCAGCAGUACCAGCAGCUUCCUGCAGGAUCUGUCUUAUCAUCUAGACAGUCCGCGGUACAAAAUAAUCAUGUUUCAUUAAACCAAUUGAAGCCUAAUUCCAUCAGACAGCGGACAAGGACUCUGGAGUCCACGAACCCACAGAAACAGAUACAAGUGCUUCAGCAGCAACGACAGCCGCAGCAGCUGCAACAGCAGCAGCAGCAGCAACAACAACAACAACAACAACAGCAAUGGAAUCACCAAAAGCAACAACAAUCAACAGGUAAUUUAAGACAACAACCACUGUGGCAUAAACAAGAGACACAGCAGCAAAAACAAAUGCUGCCAUUGAGGUAUCCGAAGCAGCAGCAGCAGCAGCAGCAGCAGCAGCAGCAGCAGCAGCAACAACAACAACAACGACAGAUGAGCGAAUCACAAUGGCAGAAGAAACAACCAAUAAUAAACCACCAACAGCAGCAACAGCUUUACCAACAACAGCUCAAUGGAUUUAAAAAACAGCAAAUACCACCACCACAACAACAACAACAGCAGCAUCAACAGCAGAGGUAUAAGCCUGAACAAGAACAUCAACAAAACAAGCAAACACAGAUAUAUCAGCAACAGCAGUCAGGGCAGGGACAUCUAAGUGUGCAGAUGGCAAAGGGAUCAAUACAACCUCAACAGCUGCUGCAACAGCAGCAGCAUCGGCAACAGCAACAACAACAACAACCACAGCAGCAGCCACAGCUUACACAAAUAAGCCAGCAGAUGCAGAAUCAGCAACAGGGAUAUGAAUUUCAGCAGAUUUAUCGACAACAAGACCAAAAACAGAAUCAUCAUCAGCAGCAGCAACAACAACAACAACAACAACAACAACAACAACAACAACAACAACAACAACAACAACAACAACAACAACAACAACAACAACAACAACAACAACAGCAGAUACAACAGCAGAUGGACCAUUGCAACCGGUGA